UCACCAUUAGAUUAAGGACUAAAUUGCAUGGAAAUACAGAUUUACAAAACAAAAACAUCGACAGAGAAAGAAGGGAGGGAAAAACGGACGGAAGAGAUAAGGGAGGCAGCUUAAGGAAUAACAUUUCUAGUCGUGCCCGGCAUGCUGCCUGUUCGGCAUAAAUAAAUUCACACAGACCUCUCAGUCUGCAACUACAGACCUGGUUACGGUCUCUUUGACCCUGGACAACGGGAACAGGUGAAGAUACGGAAGAAAGGAUGAUAAAACUAAGAAGAAAGGGAUAGACUGUUGAUGGAGCUCCUCCUCCCCCCCUCCCCUCUCGGUUCUCUCUCCUCCUCUCCCUCCCCCUGCUCCUCUAUGCUCAGUUCGGUGUGUGUCUCCUCUUUCAAAGGGCGCAAGGGUGGGAACAAGUCGUCCAACAAAGCAUGUUACAGCGCAGACAUGACUUGUCCUUCAGACAGCGAGAAAAUAGUGAUAAACUGCGGGGGGGUUCGGCACGAGACUUACCGCAGCACACUGAAGACGCUGCCUGGGACCCGCUUGUCCUGGCUCACGGAGCCAGAUGCGUUCAGUAACUUUGACUAUGACCCCAAAUCCGACGAGUUUUUCUUUGACCGUCACCCCAACACCUUUGCUUUCAUCCUCAACUAUUACCGCACAGGGAAGUUGCAUUGUCCCAACGAUGUCUGCGGUCCUCUCUUCGAGGAGGAGCUCGCCUUCUGGGGUAUCGACGAGACGGACGUGGAGGCUUGCUGCUGGAUGAACUACCGACAGCAUCGGGACGCCGAGGAAGCGCUGGACAGCUUCGAGACGCCCGAGCCGGACCUCCCAGAGGACGACCCUGCGCUAACGGGUGGUGCGGACGGGGACUUGAAGAGGUUGUGUCUACAGGAGGAUGGUCGCAACACCAGCUGGUGGAGUAUCUGGCGGCCCCGCAUCUGGGCGCUGUUUGAGGACCCCUACUCCUCGAAAUACGCCAGGUAUGUGGCGUUCGGCUCGCUCCUGUUCAUCCUCAUCUCCAUCUCAACAUUUUGCUUGGAGACACACGAGGCCUUCAACACCAUCUACAAUAAGACAGAGAACGUGACAGUGGGGAACGUCACGAAGGAGGAGAUUGUGUAUGAGGUAGUGACUGACAACUGGCUGACCUACGUGGAGGGCGUAUGCGUCAUCUGGUUCACCAUCGAGGUGUUCGCCCGUGUCAUCUUCUGCCCGGACAAGGCCGAGUUCUUCAAGAGCUCGCUGAACAUCAUCGACUUUGUAGCCAUCCUGCCCUUUUACCUGGAGGUGGCGCUGAGCGGCCUCUCCUCUAAAGCGGCAAAAGACGUGCUGGGCUUUUUGCGUGUGGUGCGAUUCGUCCGAAUCCUGCGAAUCUUCAAGCUUACUCGCCAUUUCGUGGGGCUGAGAGUGCUGGGUCACACUCUCCGCGCCAGCACCAAUGAAUUCUUGCUUCUUAUCAUCUUCCUUGCUCUCGGAGUGCUCAUCUUCGCCACUAUGAUCUACUACGCCGAGCGCAUCGGCGCUGACCCGGCUGACCCCACGGCGAGCGCCCACACCACCUUCAAAAACAUCCCCAUUGGCUUCUGGUGGGCAGUGGUCACCAUGACAACACUGGGCUAUGGUGACAUGUAUCCAGAAACGUGGUCUGGUAUGUUAGUGGGCGCCCUGUGCGCCCUGGCGGGCGUGCUGACCAUCGCCAUGCCUGUGCCCGUCAUUGUAAACAACUUCGGCAUGUACUACUCUCUGGCCAUGGCCAAGCAGAAGCUGCCCAAGAAAAAGAACAAGCACAUCCCGCGGGCUCCGCAGCCUGGAUCGCCCAACUACUGUAAGCCAGAUGCCCUGGCCAUGGCCACUGCCUCGCCGCACAGGAUCAUGGGUAAUGUGCUGGGCGGUAUGGUGGGCUCUGGAAGCAUGGCAGGAGACUGUCCUCUUGCACAGGAGGAAAUCAUAGAGAUUAACAGAGCAGACUCGAAGCAGAAUGGGGAUGCUGCAAACGCAGCUCUGGCUAAUGAGGACUGUCCCACCAUAGAUCAGGUGCUGGGGCCAGAUGACAGGAGUCCGGCCACUGGUGGGUUGGGGACAGGCACGGGGCGUGAACGUUACCCCCACGAUAGGGCCUGCUUCCUUCUCAGUACCGGAGAGUUCCGCACCACAGACAGCAAUGUCAGGAAAGGUUGUGUCGUGUCAUGCGUUUCUGCUGGCUACGAGAAGUCCCGCAGCCUGAAUAAUAUUUCGGGGAUGACAGGGGCCCCCCUGCGCCUGACCCCCAUUACCCCCAUCAACAACCCACCUUACGAACCCUACGAGUCCCCUGGCCCUCUGCGGCGCUGCCGAUCCCCCAUACCCUCCAUUCUGUAGCACAUCUUAGGGAAAGGCAAAGAAAAAAAGACACUCAUGCACCGUCAUACCGCAAUAGUAGUAAUAAUCAUGAUAACGAUGCUAAGUACUCACACCUCCGCUCCUCCGUUGACUGGACAGGGUGGGGGUACACACCACUCUUUUUAAUAUGUCGUGCCUCAAAGGGAAUGGGAUAAAUUUAUUUAGGGAUUUAGAGCUUUAAGUACUAAAACGACUUCAUCACAUAUACUUCAGGCAAUAUUUCAGACAGGCAACUAAAAACAAUUAUAUGCUGUAACGUCAGCGGAUUAUGCCUUAUUAUCGAAGAAAAAAAAAAAAGAAGCACUGAAUAUUAUUAGGAUAAAACUCCUCACUGGUCGAUAGGCAGCGACGAGUACCCUGUAGGAAAUCUUUCCCUGUAGUUGAAUGACAGUAGUUGGCUUUCCCACAUGUUCCUGCCUGAUUGCUGGUUGUAUAAAAAAAAUGAGACCGUGAUCCAGCAGGCUUAUUCAUUGAGUACUAGUCGCUGAGAUCAGCUUUGAUACACCAUUAUAGGCCUUGAAAAAUCCACUUCAUAUCAAAGCUUGGAAUGAUAAAGGUCAUAGGUCACAGACAACAUGCAAGUAGUUCAAGUGCAUGCAAGAAAAGAUGUCCGUUAGGCAAGUAGAAUAUAUCUAAACUCCCAAUUCCCUUUAACUGCUAUGAAGAUUUGAAAAUGAAUGCACUGUAUGCUGGACUGAUUUGAACUUACAAAUAAGCCCUGCAGUAGAGAAUUAAUGGAUUGGAUCAUUUUGGCUGAUUUGACUGUGAUGAAGGAGUUUUUGGUGAUUCAGGCCAUAGAACAUGAUGAGUAUUAUUAUUAUUAUUAUUAUUAUUAUUAUUAUAACACAAGGACUUAAUUAUUCACACACAGAGUAUUUCCUACAGCAACAUUUGUUGUCACUCAAUAUUUAAAAAAAAUAUAUAAUUCACACCGUUGUUAAAAUUAUUAUGCUAUUUAUUUAAGACAAAGAAAAAUGCUUAAACCAUUCUUGUGCAAUAUCAACUAUUAUGAUGACCUCAGACCCUGAGGAGCUGGAGAUGAACCCUACAAACUUUACUAUGUGCAACUAUUAACUGUAAAAGAGAGACCGAGUACUGAUCAUUACACACACAAAAAAAAAAAAAAGAGGCUAUUUUUGUACUAAGCAUUUGGACAUUGCGAUUCGGAUUGGGGUUUGGAGUUGCGCGGGUGGCUUUCAGUUGACAUUUUGGGAGGACAGGAUAUCGUGCUGUUGCAUGGAGAUCUACAAUUAAUGUGUUGGUUUUUGUAUUUUGACUCUACAUAUUCAACACCAAGUACCACGAAACAAAAAGAGCAGUGGUCUGGACACAUGGCAAAAAAAAAUAAAAAAAAUAAGAAGGAGCCAUCCUAUUAAGGGCCUAUAACCUUCUGCACUUCUUCUGGACCCUUUCCAAUUUGUAUACUAGUGCAUGAAGGAACUUCCUUUAAAAUAUAUCCUUUCCUAUGGUAUUUCCUCAUAAAUAUGAAGACAUAUCAAGCUGAACUGCACUCCUCACUGCAUAUUCGCAUAUCCUGUGGUGAACCAGAGAGUGGCCUCAAAGUUUUCCUACUAAGGGCAAGAAUUAGCUGGACCUCAUCAUCAACAUCAUCGGCAUUACCCUCCCUCAUUAUAAUCAUUUUCUGAUUACUGUUAUUCCUAUUAUUUGAAUGCAGUAUUUGAAUCAGUUCAGUUUGUUUUCUCUUUGGUCCCCUUUUUUUCUUUCUCUGUUUAUAUAUAUAUUUUGCCUGCUCUGUCUCUCGGAUGCUGACCUUCGUUCCAAUAUAAAGGAGGGAACAUUGAAUGGAUGCUGGAUUGACAGCGGUCAGUAAGAGAAGAAAAAGAAAAGAUGACAAAAUGAACUCUCUGUAAUGCAGAUAUAUGAGCCAUAUGUUUCACUGUGCAGGGGAUUUGUGUCGAUCUGCUGCAUCUUUGAGUGCACAGAUGCAAAACACACCUCUGGUGAAGAUAUCUCUGCAAUGGCAGCUCACAAAGCUUCUUCUUGUCUUUCUCUCCAUGUGAAACAACAGAAAACCUGGGGUAUAAGUGACAAAAUUUGAUCACAAAGCAAAGUAGCAUUAUUUAUUUAUUUACUUGGAUGAUUUUAUUUUCUUGCAACUGAAAUAUUUUACAUACCCAUAUCUAAUUAUUUAUUAAUUUUCUACAGUUCAUCUGUAAUCAUUCUUUUGAAUUUGAAUCAAUAUAGUUUUCUUUUGUUUUCAUGUGUUUUUGCUACUGCCGCAUUACCUGUUACACUCCUCUUUCCCUCCUCUCUUCUUUCUUGGUUAAAGACAUUCACUGCUAGAGUGAAGAAAAUCAUGGAGGUUGUUGAUUACAUGGAGCAUCUGCAUGGCUGCAGCAAACUGAUGUGUGGCACUGUGCUUUAAUGAGUAAAACACCAAUCAUUAGUCAUCUGCAUGUGCGCUGCACUGCUUUAUGUACAUGCUUCAUAUACAUUGAAGGUCUCAGGACAGUGAGCGAGGGCCAUCUGCUGGAUGUAUGCGACGCCACACGUGUGCUCUGUGUAACUGGAGUGUUCAGUUAGACAUUUAAGAGUAGACAUUGUUUUUUUUGUUUUUUUGUUUGUUUUUUAAAUAACCAACAUGUUAUUCAGCCAUACAAAGGCAAAAUGCAGUAACUACACAACGCAGUUUUCAUAGUUGAGCCAAACCCCAUCCAUCAUAAAACAGAUUAUAAUCCAAGAGAUCUGAUUUUGCUUAAAACUCAAUUUUGAACAUGUGCGUUAACUGCGUUUUGUCUUUGCACAGGAUUGUUUGUGGCAAAUGAUCUAACAUAGAUUUUUUUAAGUCUUUUAAAAGGUGUCUAUUAAAAAUGUAUGUUACAAGGUGCCUUGUAAAACAAGCAAGUGCAAGUGUGUUAUGUAUUACCUUAAAUGACCUGGUAUGUUUAGAAGGAGGGAGACUAAAAUCCCUGUAUAAUUCAGGUCCAGCCAAAACACCGUUUUAGUUCUCACCUUGUGUCUCUUCCAUGUCCUUCUCCUCCUCUUCAUCUCUCUUUUCUUUGUGUUUUUUAAUGCUCUUUAUGAGGGUGUAUAGUUCAGGUCUUAAUGAUAUGUACAGUUUUGAAGGUUGACUUUGUAAUUUCCACAUGCAUGGAUUUCUAUUGCGAGCAAUAAGGAAAUUAUAAGUCUAUAUAUCUCUUUUGAUAAGAAAAUGUAUUUUGUCAACGAGGUUUAUGUAUGUUUGUGUGUACAUAUGGAUGUGUAUAUUCAUAUGCACAUGCAUAUUAAUGAUUUGCAUGAAACAAAUGUACAAACAAUUUUUUUUUUCAUUGCUGUUUUGUUAACAAUCUGUCAUUUUUGACUUGAUUGCUGUUGGGGGCGGGGCUUAGUUUUGCAUGCUAAGAUGCUAUUGGGUGGCAGAGACCAUUACGACUGUUGUAUUGAAUAGGGGGUUUUGAAUGUGCUUUAACUAUGUACAUGUUUGAUUUAUUUUUCUUUUCUCUGUUAGACAUCAAAAGCAUUGCAAAUGGUCAUUUUAUGAUUUAUUCUUUUUCAUCUUUUCACAGAGAACUAUUCUGAAAGCCCAGUGCUUAUCAGAUAUAUGCAAAAAGAAGCAGUAACUGUGAACUAAGACUAGAACAGAAAAUCCACUUCUUCCUUCACAAAAACAUUCCCAUACGAACACCUGAGCCCCUGAACCAGUAUCAGCUCCUGUGCAACUCCAUCUUAGUUUGUAUUCUCAUCUCAUGACCCCAUCAGUCUUGUUUAAUCAUCUUAGUUUUGCAUUAUUAACGAGGAGAGUAGUAGUUCUGUUUCCCCUUGCUGUUGUGUUAACCUCAGUUCUAGCUCCCUCUGCUGGUUUUAUGGGGGAUGAACUGACGUACGUAGCAUUCGGUGUUGUAGAUCAUUAGCACUCUUUGGUCACUUUAGAGGCUAAGAAUACUGAUUUUAGCCCUUAAUGUUUACCUGUUCUAUAUAAGAUUAAAGAAAAAGAUACAUUAGACAUUUUUAACAGACUCAGACCUGAAGGAUUUCCUGUCCUCUCCUGUGUGGUGAGUGAAAACACUCACUAAAGUCACUAAACAAAAGCACUGAUCAGAGCAGAGAGAAAGAUGCUAAUGCUAACAAGUCUGCUCACUACAGCAAUGCAUGUUUCCACACAUACAAGAUAGCUAGCACUUAGCAUCCUAGUGCAUUUUGUGGUUUUGCUGUGUGUAGUCUAUCUGUGAAGGUGUAGUCAGGGUGGACAGAGUGGAUGGAAGAGCUCCACUUAUAUCCCUUUAUCUAAAUCUUGAAGUUAUGAUGUGGAAGAGCCAGGCCUCCCUGCCACUAGUUAGCUUAGUUAGCAAAUGCCCUGGUGAGCUGAGGCUGCAUGCGAUCAUGGAGGACGAUGUAAAUAAUUCUCUUGUACACAGACUGCAUGUGGAGUUAACAGCACAGCAACUAUUGUUUGAUUCAUAUGUGGCAUUUGAAACGGGGAGAGCAGGUCGAGUUCAAAUGAUUAAGCGACAUUACCCAGUAUCCUCUCUGUCUCUGUCAGACUUAUGCUCCCCUGUCACUACUCAGGUAAAUCUCUUUUUGUUCGUCUAUACCAGUGCUUCCAAAAUGAUGUCAUUCGAAACAAAGAGAGACGGAUGAGUUACGAACACCCCGUGUACACAUGCAUAAGUGUAAAUAUGAAAUCAUUUUUGAUCCCAACACUCAUUGCAAGUCUUCCUUUUCCACAGUGUUCUUUAUUUUGUCAUUUCAUCUUUCAUUUUCAUUUAUUCCCAACUACAAACUCUUACUGCUUCCAAAUAACAACCAAAAAAAAAAAAAGCCCGGAGGACAUUAUGAGAAACCGAGGAAAAAUAAUCAGUGAUUUGUUUAAAAAAAAGAAAAAAGAAAAGAAAAAAAACUUUUCAAACAUAGUCUGCCAUAAGUGGAUUACAAAAAAAAAAAAAAAAACUAUGUGGAAUCAGGAUGCAACCAAAAUCAGGACAUGAAAGCAUGAGGGUCAGAUGGACAGAUUGUGUGUUUGGGGAGCAGAGUAUUGGGAGGAUUGUCAACAAAUGAAGAAAGGCAUCGUGAAAUGGAGGACAGUUUGAGGAAGAAAGAAAAAAAGCAAAGAGAGGAGGAAGGGAGCUGAACGCUUCUCAGUGUAAGAAUUGCUGAGCUUCUGAACUGCCCCAUUUUUCAAGCUCCCCAACUGCAAAACCUGUCCAGAGGCAACCACCAGGGUGACUGCAGGAAUUAGAGAUGGCGAAAGAGAGAAAACGAGAGAUGAAAGGAGUGCUGCGCUAAACCCACUUGAAGAAAACAUUGUAACGCUCAUCUCUCCAUUACUAAUUUAAACCCCCAACAUAGGUGCAAUAAGCAUAAGAUAUCACGUCCUGGAAGGAUGUGGAACACAUUUUCUUCCUACCGGGAUUUCCGGCCUUGGGAAAAGGGUGGGAUUCAGCAUACAAACUGUAGUAUGUCCUAGCAAGACCCUUCCUGGUGGAAAUGGAUGCAGUUUUAAAGUGACGAGAACUAUUUUUGUGGGGUGUUCCACCAAGAUAAAUGCACCUGAAAGUGGACAACAAAACCCUCAAUCCAGUCUCAGAUACAAAUAAUGUGUGGAAAAACACCCAUCAUGCUCUUCAACGCUAUGCAAUUCAACCACACAUUCACAGGCGAGUUCAUCAAGCACUUCGAUUGAGCAGUUUAUCAGCCAAACUUUUUUCCACUCCUUUAACUUUUGGAGAUCUUGCACGUGCUUUAAAUGAAAAUAGACAGCGGCGUCAUUGGCCUGCUACAUUCCUAUAUCGUACAAACAGUUUCCCCAUUCAUCCAGUUGUUCAGAGUGUCCUUCUCAGGGCCCACGGAAAGGUAACUUUGUCCACUAUGAAGAAAAGAGCGUCAGCCUCUCUCUUUUCUCUCUCUCUUAGUUCAGCUCUCUGCAUCUCAGCAUUUCUGUCCAAUUGUAGAUGAACUGCAUGGCAUGAAUGAGAAAAAAAAGAAAAAAAAAAAAAAACAGAGAGAAAGAUGGUAGAGAUCAUGCUGAGAGGAGCAAGAGGAAACCGUAGACAGGACCGCUCUGUUUGCACAGUACAAUAUGGGUAACUCUGGACCAGUGGAUGGGGUCACGGAUAAAAAACGCAGGUCUUUCACCUUCAUGUGGGGAACACAAAAUACAACAUAAGUGCAUGACACCCGUUGAAGGACAGAGGGGUUUUUAAGUGGACUGGAUGAACUAUGAACAAAAGCUGAAAAAAAAAAAAGAGAAAAUUAAAAAUGCAUUUUUCUCACUUUGUUUACCAGCAUGACUAAACUGCAUGACUUCUGCAAGCCCUGAACCCCAAAUUAGAGGGCUUGGAAUCACUAAACACUGAAAUCAAAUGGAAACAAUACAAGUUUAUGCUAAAUGCUACUAAAUUUAGAAAAAAAAGAGAAUAUAUUUAAAAAAGAGAGAGGCUCUAUAUUUUGUUUUUGAAUAAAAAAGAAUAAUGUAAAAUAUAUAGGAUUGCAAGAUUCACACAGUUUUGUUGGAUAAAAGAUAAACAAACCCCACUGAGUCUAGCUGAAUGACGAGACAAACUCCUUUAACUACUACUGCUCCCUACAUGGCUUCAAGUGACAUUUCUUUUCUUCUCUUUCUCCGCCGUUUCACCCCUUACUUGAACUCUCCUGGCUCUCUGCUCUGCCCUUCACGAUCUCCCUCAGUCAUGGCAGCCUCCAGCAGUGGCACGACAGCUCCUCUGGAGACCUCCGACACCUACAGGGCUCUUUUCUUUUGACGGUUAUGGGUCUAAAGAGCAAGGUGGAAGGGGAUUUUAAGGCUGUGGGUGAAGGUUUCUUUUUAAGUUGAGUCCUGAUGGAAAGUUUUGGGUUGUUUUGCAAUGUUUGUUCUUUUUAUUUCAUCCACAUGUUGUGGGUAAAUCAAAGCUUUAUCCAUCAAAAGUGAGCCUGAGUCCACUUAAUAUCAAUAGUGAAUAUUAGCAUUGUGUGAACUGCUGUGUCUUGAGACCCUGAGUACUUACAUCGCAAAGCACUAUUGUCCGAUCAGGAAGCCAUAAUGUGAGAGUAGCGCCACCGUCUGAGCUCAAACGUGCUCAGGAGAACAUGCUGGUUCAGAACCCUGAACAUGGUUUUGUAGUUCUUAAGUUGUCCUGGUUUUGUUUAAGAUGUUGACAUUAGCACUUAUUUCAUUCUAUAAUUUAUUUUCUGAAUAAUUUUGGGUGGUACAGAGUUUUGACAAGAUUUUUUUUCAAUCAUUUAAUAUAUAUAUUUUUUCUGGAUUACGAGAUUUUAUCAUCAAAGUUUCAAAAAAUGAUUUGCAUAUGCUGAGCACCCACUAAAACCAGCCAAAAUGGACUUCCUUAUUAACUUAGCAGCAGAUUUCUGAUAUUAGCAUUGGAGGACAUAAUUCCAACAAUAUCACUUUUAAAUCAUAGAUUACACAUGUGAGCAACUGUUUGACUGUUUGUUCAGAACUUUUCUUGUCGUCUUUGUUUCACCAACAAGAUAUGAACCACGUUAUUUUCAAAAGUUCUUGUCUAAAGAGUCUGGUUAGGUGUUAAGAGUAUGUUUACAUUGAUUUAUGUCAUUUAAAGUGUCAUUUGUUGUCUUAAAACCCCAUGACCGUGUUCUGUCAGCAUUUAUCAUUCAGAAUCUAAUGUAAGCUUAGUUUAGUAACUACCUAUGCAACACCUAAGCAAGACCUUGCUCUCUCUCUCACACACACACACACACACUGCCAUGUGCUCAGGCCAGCUGGCUGAUGUCUGUUUACCGGUGCUGUGUGUCCAAGUAGGGAAAACGACACAGAUACAGCUCCAUCACCACAAGAGCCAGCGUUUCUGCUGACCGUGUAGUGUUACUUCAAACGUUAGCAGCUGGCCCAAGUAGCUUGAAGGUGCGACAGAUGUAUGCAGCUGUAGUAGCCAUGUCGCUUUCUUUAGUGGUGCACUGAAUUCCCUUUCCUUCUCGGUUAAUAUGUCAGGCCUGUUUUACGUCUUCUGCAAUGUCUUUCCUGCAUGCUUCAGGGUGCAGGAAGACACUCAUGCACUUUUAGCAUUUACAUUUAUAUGUAAGCAUAAACUCAUCUCAGAGGGUAUGUAGGAUAUAUAUAUAUGUUAUCAGAACUUGUUUUAUAUGUGGUACUCAGUUCUAAAUUGCAUCUCACAAACGUUUGCUGACUGGUUAAGAAAACAUGUACCUCUCUGGUUGUUCAUGAAGUCAAAUUGGAUGGUGUUUUGGAGCAAUAAUGAUGGAGGGCCAGCUUUUUCUCAUUGUCGUCAUUAGGAAUUGGGGGGACAUGUUCAUCUCAUCCCUAAUAAGAACCCAGUGUGCCUGAAACUGUUCCCUGAAUGUGUAUGUAAACAGCCACAUCAAUUAAACGCGCUCUCUCUGCAAAAGCUUCCCAUGAGGGUUUGUCUUGGCGUGAAUGAGACCACAACCCCUCCAGGUGGCUGACAGCUCACAUACCUUUACUUGAAACCCAAAUACAAAACAUAUCAGAGAGGAGCAGAACAAAGCCAGAAUCAGUCUCCACGCUUACUCAACUUCCUGUUUGCAUCCCCUGCCCCCCUCUCAUCUGUUCCCUCUCCUUCUCAAUUUUUGAGGAAGAAGCUUUUUUGCAUCCCUUGUUCUUGUGUUUUUCUAUCAUAUUGUUUGAAUUAUAAUGCAUGCAUGGAAUACAACGAGGACAUAACUUGUGAAUAUUUGUGAAUGGCCAGAAUGAGGUAACCGUCUCUUUCACCUGGGCUCUCUACUCUGUGACUUCUCUCUCAGAGACAUUUAGAGAGGAAGAAAGAACAUAUUGUUUCUGGUUUCCCUUACCCUUCUCUGUUUCUUCAAAAUGUAGCCGUACCAAAUAUAAGUUAUGGCUCUAUGCUAGCCAUUUCGAAAGACUCUAUUAACAUGUUUAUAUAUUGUUUUCAAGAUGAUAUUUGCGAUGUCUGUGUAUCUGUAGUAAAUAUUCAUCAGAGCUUCCACAGACUCAGAGCAGAACAGAUGCAGCAGUUGUGAGGGCAGAUGUCAGCAAAACACCCUGCAGGAACUCAGUUUUCACUGCAUGUGUCUGUACAUUUGUUAUAGUAUAGUUUGGCCCAAUAUGCACUACCUGUUUUUGUAUCUUGUUCUUUUAUACUUUAGUUAUUUUAUGUAGCUUGUUUAAAGGGGGGAAAUUCAUUGCACUAUCACAGCUAAUGGAGCUGCUGUGUCUACUGCUGAGCGCAACCCUAACCAUAUACCCCCCAGCCCCCUUGUUGAGAAACAGGGAUAAAGAGAACGAGAGAGAGAGUUAGAAAGAGAGGCCAGUGAGAAAGAGAAGGUCCCUAAAAGAAAUGGAUGAGUUCUAUGCUAUUAAGAUUGAUGCUGGAUACAAUUUUAUUGUCAUACAAAAAAGGGAAAAAAAUAUCAAGAACUGUAUAAAAUAUAUUUCAAUGGAAUGUUUAUUAUUUACCUUUUAUAUUUUUGAAAUGUAUAAAGAAAAAAAUUAAUAAACUGUAAUAAUUUAACAGAGUUUGUGAAAACUGAGACUUAAAAAUCGUUAUAUUACUAAAAGUAUGAAAGUUUGAACGUGAAUGCUAACCUACCUGAUCAAAUCUUCUCCAUUAGAUAGGGAAAAAAAAAAACAAUUAGAAAAAUGAAAUCCAAUUUAAAAAGAAAAAGUUAUCAAAAAGUCAAUAAAAAUGUUAAAAGCUCAUGCCAAAAUUUUCAA